AACGCCUCUUCGAGUGGUUCGGUUUGUAUCCUAUCUUCACUCAGUAAUAGUUUCGGGAACGGUUGGACGGUGGCAAGUUUCUAAGUUCGCACAGUGACCAAUCGACCAUCAGGUUCGCGCGCGCCCCUUCUACUGAAGAGUGUUGUUGAUUCAGUGUCUUGUUUUUCUUGGACCAGACUUAGGGGUUGGUCUGGACGUGAAGAAGCUGAGUAAGAAGAAAAAUAAAACGGUUUGCCCCAUCUUGUGGGUCCCCUUUGGAUUCGGGAAGGGCCGUCGUGCGUGUGUUUGUUUCUUUGAAAAUUGAAGGAAGUGUCGUCGACGGAAGCUGGGGGUGUCGCCGUAGAAGAUCUCCGCUACAAGGUGAUUUCGCAGCACAGUGGGAGGUCGGCUUUCCCACGGUCGUCAGUCGGCCCGUCGGUUACCUGAAUUGUUUGCGAGCAUCAACGAGUCCAAGCAGCAACCGACGAGCAUUCAAGCGAGAAAAUUGAGUAAAGGAAGCAACGCAGCGGAAGAAAUAAAAAAAAGUUAGCUAACCCCCGAAAAAAGUGAGAGAAAAAAAAGAAUACAGACGCGGGGAAAAUAAAAUAAAGUGAGCGUGUUUCGGUGGGGAAAAGCGCUUAACCAAAAAGUGGGAAAUAACAAUAAUAAUAGGAAAAACGACGACGGCUCCGUGACCCGUGAGUGGGCCCGUUUGUGUGGGAGUGUGUGUGUUAGUGUGGGGAGCAGAUUAUCCACUUGCGCCGGGGCCUGCCGGGGGAAUCCGGGGCGUGGUUUUCCAAAGUGAAUGAGGUGCCAGUGGCAGCACCUUUUGUGAACUUUACAGUCAGUGUGGUAGGGUGGUGUUCUAGCAGCUACUCAACGUUCAACGUUCUCUGUGUUAAGGGGUGGUGGUAGAACACCGUUCCUAUCGUUGUCAAGUGGGCAGCAGCAGCAGCCAGCGGUAGAAGCAGAUAGCAAGCAGUCAGAGUGCUACCCAGCACUAGGUUUUCGUAUGCAUACGCCAAGCAACGGCACCACAGCAGCAGCCAUCAUCGUAUGAUAAAGGAGUGAAACCAGGGAAGCAAACCCCAACCCCCUCCCCCGAAGCGGCCCAGGUUUUGGAAACGGAACCGAAUAUGUGGCUCCCAGCGGUUAUGGAUUUACGGCUCCCGAUACUCUGUUUGCUGAUAGUAGCAGAAUCAUCGCUCGGGUUACGUAAUGUUCGUGUCACGGUGCCGACGGCAAUCCGGAAAGGCGAGCAGGCCAAUCUGUACUGCAACUACGAGAUGGAGGACAAGGAGCGGCUCUACUCAAUCAAGUGGUACAAGGGCAAACGGGAGUUCUAUCGGUACACACCGCAGGAGCAACCGUCGAUGAAGGUGUUCAACACGGUCAGCGGCGUCGAAGUGGAGCGCUCACUAUCGAACGAAAGCGUCGUGGUUCUCAAAUCGGCGAAAGCAUCCGGCCGGUUCAGCUGCGAGGUGUCAGCGGACGCACCUUCCUUUCACACCCUCAUCGUUUCCGGUGACAUGGAAGUGAUAGAACCACCCGUGGACAAACCAUCGAUAAUAGGAACGCAAACACGAUACCGGCCCGGAGAUAUCCUGCGUGCCAACUGCUCGUCGCUCAACUCCAAACCGGCCGCCAAUCUGACGUGGACGAUAAACGAUAUGCAGGUACUACUGCAACAAACCAGACAAUACAGACCCAUCAAGGAUGAAAGCACGGGGUUGGAAACAUCCAUUCUGGGGAUAAACGUGAUGGUUUCGCACAGUCAUUUCAUCAAAGGAAAACUGAAGCUCAAAUGUGAGGCAUCGAUUCAUCAGAUCUACCACGAGAGCACGGAGCGGUUUCUGGAAGAGGAUCGGCCGCGAAUAUUGGCCACAGGGUCGUCCAGUGGGCACAACCCGAACAUGUUCCAGAGCAGCGUGUACGACGGGGAGCUGACCGAUCAGGGCGAUCGGUAUCUGACGAUGAACGGGUACAAAGCAGAUAAAGCCUCACCUCCGUCGUCAUCGUCGGCGGGUAUGGUCGUCGGUUCGUACGUGAAGGUGUGCUGGAUUACCUUCUACAUCUGUACCAUUUGUACCGUGCUGUUGUACUCGCUCCGGGUGGGAAUCUCCUGAUUGUACAACCUGAAAGAGAUCAUCAAAAUAUAAAUCGAACCGACAAAUCGCCAACAAAUCCGAACGAUCACCCCCUCGAAUCCUUCCCGCCAAGAACUAGCGGAGAAACCAACAAAAAACAACGCCAUCACAUCUACAACAAGCUUCCAGAGGACGAGAGCGAGAGAACGACGACGAUUGCUUCAUUCCUUCCACAGACCCUAGAAACUAGAUUGUUACUUUUUUCGCCUUCCACUAGAAGCCCCCUCCCCGCUCCUGGAGCAAAACGACUUGAAGUAAGCGAUAAAAGGAGCAUCGUAGCGGCAUAAUUGGACCUGUCCAGCUUGACCAGCUAGCAACCAUAUCCGGAAGCAACCGGCCAAUUUUACUUUUCAGCCACAUUCGGAGUGGCUCCUGCAGAAGAGGAGCACAAGAAAAUCAACGAAUUACUACCCAGCUAUCUAUCCAAAUGGCCAGUCAGGAACAAAGCCCUGCAUUAGGGUGAAUUAGAAAACUUAAAAACUCAAUGAUUUAGGUUCGCAAGACAGCAUGGUUCGAAUAAAAUACUACGUAAAUUUGUCAAAAAACGAACAAAUCUAAAAAAUUUCUAGGAGCUCUAAAGUUGCAUCGAAAAACCAAAAAAUCACAUACAAAUAACAGCUCCUGAUGGUAAAAACAACAAUCCAACAAAUUAAGUUUUGAACAUAUGACUACUCAAUGUCACAAAAAAAAAAAAGCCAAACCACCCUAGAGAUUCGCAGCGCAUCCAACACGAACCAUCCUUGGCAAGUUGGAAACUGGCUGUGGUUUUGUUUUCCAAAAAUUGACUGUAAUUAACCGGGAUUGGCCCUGGACAAGUACCUACCUACCUAUGUAGCUGUAGUUGGUUCGUUGGUCAGAUGGUCGGGUGGAAACAAGUAAAUUGGCGUCAUGAUGUGCCGAAAAUCACUUACCCUGAGAGCGUUUUGUACACCACGAGAGCACGGAUAAUUGGGAUAAGAGGAGUGCCGAGAGGAAGAAGCGAGCAGUUGAAAGUAGAAUUAAAUUGAGGUUUUAGGACGUAAUGAAUAGAGGAAAUUACACGGAUGAUGCAUGGACGAAAAAUGUGUGGUGUACUAAAUUGAAGGUUAGGAUUACUAACACUAUAAGGAUGAGAAAAUCCAGUUCUUAUACAUUAGGUUAAGUAGCCUAAGCUCAAAUAGUAACGCUUAAGUUUGUGUUUUUUCCACAAGUCAUUGAAUUGUUGACUCACACAAGGAUACAUUGGUUUUUCUUGUAACUUUUUUGCAUUAAGUUCGUGAGUCGAGUAGCACAUGAAACAAUAUUCAUAUUGUUAAAUGUUUUAUAUUUCUAAAACUUGUUGAUUGCGUUUAAAAAUAGAUUUAGAUUUUAAGUUCAAAAAAAAAAAAAAUAGAAGUAUUUAAAAUUUAUCGUUUGUAAUAUAUAGAUACAAUAUAAAUGAAUGAGAUAGGCUGUCCCAAAAAUCAACGAUCGAAAAGUCGAGGGGUUCAACCCUAAAAUAAAAGAUAUGCAUAUUUGAAAAAAUAACAUUUUUUGUAUUUUUCUAUGAACGUCUAAUUAAUCUUCAAAAGUGCUGGUUUUCCAAAUGCUGCGUUAAUGUUACUAUUUGCUAGUAAAGUGACUAAUUUUGGACAUUUUCCACCAAAAUUUAUUAAAAAAUCAUGGUUUGGUAGCCUAUAGUAAAAAUUUCAGAUUUGAAUUUUUAAAAGUCGCUCCGACAAUUCUAAAUACUAUGAGUUCCAUCGGUAAAUCCUAUGGUUUUAGUUUUGUUUCAGAAGUUCUUUUUUUAGCUCCCUUCAUUAAUUCCUAAAAAAAUCCUGAAUUCCUCCAAAAAAUACUCAAGAAUUCACUUCUGGUGUCCAUUGGGAAUUCUUUCAAGUGUUUUUUCGACAAUUUCUUCAACAGUUUUUUUUUUAAUAAUUUAGUAGUUUUCUCAAGGUUUUAUUCACGAAUUCAUUUAAUUUUUUUCAAACGUUUUUCCAAAAGUUCCUUCAACAAGCACUCCAUCAUUUCCUUAAAAAAACACCCAGGAGUUCCAUAGAAAAUUCCUGCACAAAAUCCAUUGGGACUUUUUCCCGAAAUUUCAUUUGGAAUUUCUACGAGAGUUUACUCAAGAAUAUUUUUCAAAAACUCCUCGGGUCUUCAUCUAGCAAAAAUACCUUUAACUGCUACCAAGUGCAGAAUUAGCCUUUAAGUUAGGCUGACACAAAUUUCGAUUUUCUCCCUUGAAAAAAUUUUGUCGGAAUUCGACAUUUUAAGGGGGACACAAAUAAAUUGUUCAAGAAAUUUUAAUUUUUUUUUUGUGAAAUUAGAAUCGACGAGAAAAUCUAUUUUGCCUAAUUGUUUGGGUAAUUUUUCAUCAAUUACAUUUAUUAUUUUCCAUACCACCUUGACGAGUCAACGAUCAAAGUAACAAAAGAAAAAAAAAAAGAUUUGUUCUAACCUUCAUAUACACAGAAAUAAAAACAAAAUAAAAUUUGAACAAGUACUUCAGAAAUUCUUUAAAAUUUAAAAAAAAUCUUAACCCUCUAAUACUCAAAUUUCUUAUUUUGAUCAAAAUAUAACGUUUCGCCAUCUAAAAUCGAUUCGAGCAUGUUUUGGAAGAUGAUUUCUUUUUCUCGAAUUUAAGAAUUUCAGUUUUUGAUUUUUCUAAUUUUCAUUUUUAAACAUCCUUACACUUUUGUAAUUUUCCUGGAAGCCUAUUUGGCAUACCGAUUUUUUAAGAUGAAAACAUUUUGAGAUUCUAUCGUUAUUGUUGAAUUACACUAGUUUACAGCAUUUUCGAACUCAGUAAGCUGAUGAUCAUUUUAGCUUACAAAAAGUUACAGUGGAGCGGAAAAGUUUUUAACUUUCUUACAAGGUUGAUGAUUUGAAAUCGAUUUUUGUUCUACUUUUAAGCAAAGUCUCUCAAUUCACACAUCUCAUUCUCCGUAAUCAAUGCAUCGAUUGAGGUGAAUUUUUAACUGUAACUUGCUUACAUAUGCUACAUCAAAUAAACGUUGAGAAAGAAUUUUAGAUUUUUUUUUUGUUAUUGAAAAAAUAUAUUUCUUCAUGUAUUUUUGGAAAUUUUGCUAAAAUUUGAGGAAUUUGUCCCUAAAACUUGCCGAUAUCUUGAACUUUAUCAAUCUGACGAAAAACCUGCAUUCAGAUGAUCGAAUGGUAUUAUAUUCAGCUUUUAAUUUAUGGAAAAAGAUUUAAAUAUGAUUGAACAAAACGCAAGAUAUUUGAAUCUAAGUUAAUUCCACAUUUUAAAAUGUUGUAAAACUCGAUAUUGAGCUAAAAUUCAAAAACUGUUUUACUUAAAAUUUUUUGAAGCACGGUUUCGAAAUCAGCGCUAAAUUGUACUUCAAAAAUUGUGGUCGUUGACAGAAGCUCACGACUUUCGAUUUGUUUUGUAAACUAGUGUUAUUAUUAUUUUGAUUUUUUUUCAUGACAAAUUUUAUUUUCCGUCUAACAUUUAGGAAAAAACUUUAGAGUGUAUUCAAAUCUCUUAAACUCUUCUACUAUAAUAGAAUUAGAGACGAAUGCUCCUUCUGGGUGAAGUCUCUCUAAACAAAAAAAAAAAAGAAUGAUCGGGGAAAAGUUUUAAAUACUUUAAUUGCUGCAAUUAAAUACAAAAGAAACAAUGACAUCCAAAAGGUGACCAAACCAUCAUUUUUUCAAUGAUUUGAAAAAAAUGUUAUAACGCUUUAAAAGACGUCAAAAACCAUUGAAUGAUAUACAGAACAGUCCUAAAUAUUAGUUAAAAAUAUAAAAGUUUGGGCAAGAAAAAAUACAAAAAUGUUAAAACUUUACCCCGUGUGAAGGCGGGGUUAUGUAUUAGAGGGUUACGAAACCUAAUUCCUGCAGGAAAUCGGAUUUUUCCGGAGUUUCAUUGAGCAUCCCUCCAGAAGUUUUUUUGUGAUUUUUCCAAGACUUUUCCCGUAAAGAAUUUAUUCAGAAACUCCAACUUCAAUAACUCCAGAAGUUUCUUAUGAAAUCCCCUUCCCUCUCGCUCCGCUGAGAAUUCAUUGAAAAUUUCUCCUGUAAAUCAUUUUUGUUUUCGUCGAGGAAUUCCAUUGGGUUGUUCCUUUCAGUAUUCAAACUAAAUUUCUAAAUAAUGCUAAAAAGCCGGACUUAGCUGAAUGUGCUCCUUCAGUAGUUCCAUCGGGGCUUUCUCCGAAAGUUUCUUCGGGAAUUCUUCCAAGAGUUUUAUUAUAAAUUCCUUCUGGAAAUCCAUCGGGAAUCCAUUAGGGAUUUCAAUCCGGAAUUUCUUCAAAAAUUCUAUCGGGAAUUCCCCCAUGAAAUACACAUCCGAAAUUACUGCAGGAAUUCCUUCUGUUCCAGAGCUCCAAUGGCCGUACCUCCAGGAUUUUUUUUUAUAAAUAUUUCAGAAGAUUUUCGAGAAUUGUUCCCAUAAUUCUUCUGGAAAUUACCUCAUGAGUUUUGAGGGAACUCUUUGUUCAGGAAUACUAUCAAAAAAUACUGCAGAAGUUUCUUAUGAAAUCUCUCGUGACUUCCUUAGAGGGCUCUUCCAGGCGUUGCUUCGGGAUGGAUCCAGCCGUUUCAUUGGGAAUUCCUCCAGUUGUUUCUUUAGGGUUUCACACUCAAAAAUAAAUGCCGGGAUUGGCUUAGUAAAUCUCGGUUUAGGUUCGUUAGCUAAAAUCUCAACUAAACGCUUGGCGUUGAAUAUUUGAUGCUAGUGGACUCUUGGAUAAAGUGAACAAACAUAACAGUUGAAUUCCGUAUGUCGAGCGCUGUACUGUUCGAAACUCGACAAAAUAAUGCAACAAAACCGGGUACUAUCGGACAUUUGUCAAAGAGUUCCUUAGGGGCCAUCCAUUAAGUACGUCACGGUCCUAGGAGGGAGGUGGUUUGUGAAAGUGCGACAAGCAAUGUAUUAGGAAUAGGAAAAACCCGUACAAAGGGGGGAGGGGGGUCGAAAAUUCUCAAUUUUAGCGUGACGUACUUAAUGGAUGCUCCCUUAGGGAGCUCUUCACCUCACCUUGCGCAUCAGGGUGAUAUUUGAUACAAACCGUGCACUACGUAAGCGAACUGUUGCCAACGUCUGCAAGCUGUUGCAUUAGGAAGGUUAAAGAGUGCCUUCGAGAUUUUUUUCAAGAAUUUUUCAGAAAUUUCUCUACAUGUUCUUCAAUGACUUUUUGCUUAAAGUGUUGGAAAUUUCUGCAGUAGUUGUAUUGACUAUCUGUCUGGGUGUUCCGUUGGAGAUUUCCUCAGAAGUUCUAUGGAAAAUUCAUCCAGAAAUCCAUCGGCAAUCCAUUUAGUAGUUCUUCAUUGAUUUAUUUUUCAAAAAGGUAAUUAUAAUUUUCACUUGAAGUGUUUUGUGGAAAGUUACCCCGAAAAUGUAUUAAGUAUCCCAAGUAAUAUAUUAAGUUUUGUUCGGCUCUAUAAGAAAAGUACAAUACUAGCAAUAAAAUUGAUUUUUACAUCAAAACCUCUUGAUAACCUCUUUAAGAGCAUCUUCCGGCUAAGUGGAUCACUCACACCGUUUUAAAACCUAGUUGAAGAAUUUUCAAUCUUGCUAAUUUGAGCAAAAUAACUAUUUUCCAUUCACGUUAGCUAAUUCUUAAAUAGGGCGGCGACCAUAAUUAGCAAAAAUAAAACGAAAGACGAAUUUCGCGCCAACUCGACCAGUGGUUGGCAACACCCUCUCAGAAUCGAAUGAAAUUUGGUGGGCAUAAAGACUAGGUUUUUAUAAGCAACUUUGCAUACUUAAAUUUUCGAAAAUUUUCAAGAGUAACAUUUGAAGAGGGUCUAACUUUUUUUCGAAAAAAAUUUUAAAAUCGAUGUAGCUCAAAAAUUGCAAGACCUAUAGAAAAGUGUUGUAUGGGGGACUUUUAGAGAAUUGUCCAAGCUUUCAUGAAAAAAUAUUUUAAAAAUUCUAAAUACAUUUUUACACGCUAAAAAAUAUAUUUUUAAAAUUAAAAGUCAAUUUACAGAAAAUGCCCACUUUUUUUGUGUUUUGAAAUUUUUUUCCAAGAAAGUCAAUAUUGUUGCCUAACUUUCCUCCAUACAUCACAAGAUGGGCACUUUUAAGGAAAAAAAGUUUUUCUAACAAAAACUUUUUCAUGUUAUUUUUUUAGCGUGUUGCGCAUUAACUCGUACAGGAUGUAUCAAGAAUCCUUAUACCCAUUUAAUAACACUCAAUGGGCAUUACGACUUUGUUUGAUUGGGUGCCUUCUUUUUCUUGGCGUUACAUCCCAACUGGAAUAGAACCUGUUACUCAGCUUGUUUUGAUAUCUGAAUGCAUAAAACAGCAUUCUGUUUGCUGAAAUUGUAUUAUUGUGUGCCUAGAACCAGUGAACUAACAUCAUUAUUAGAAGCGAAUGAUAAAGAAUCGGUUUUAUUUCAACAAUGGCUAACCACUGAUCGAUGCAAUUUGGAAACUAUUACUAAGACUAUAGACGAGUUUGUUCCGUAUUUUGUAGAAAAAGUUGAUAAGCUUAUAAUUCAUGAUUUCAUUUAUAAAGAACAAUCCUCAUUUUUGCGGGAUGAAAAAGAAUCUCUUAACCUUCCGUAACUCGCGCGGUUGGACACCACCGCCAGCACCACGCUAAUGCUGAGUACAAGAAGCGAGAUUUUUUCAACGUGUUGUACAAAAUACAACAGCGCGAUCGCUCGAAGGUUAAACAGGGUGAAGUAUUAACAAUUUGUGACUUUUCAGAAAAUUAUUCAUUUAUCAUUCAAAAUUCAGCUCAAGGUUACCAUUGGAAUAAUUCUCAAGCUACCAUUCACCCCUUUGAAAUGUACUACAGAAAAGAAAAUAAGUUGGAAAACUUGAGCUUUAUAAUAAUAUCUGAAGUACUAACACACGAUACAACAGCAGUUCAGUUAUUUAUAUCAAAAUUGCUGGACUUCAGUAAACAAUCGAUUGAUUUCUCAAAAAUUACUUUCAUGUUAGAUGGAGCAGCAGCUCAUUAUAAGAACAAAAAAAAUUUGCCAGUUUUCGGUCCAAUUAUGGAUUGGAAGCAGAAUGGCACUUCUUCGCAACUUCACAUGGCAAAGGUCCAUGUGACGCUGUUGGAGGUACUCUCAAGCGAAUGGCAAAACGAGCAAGUCUUGCUCGAGAUUAUGGAAACACAAUCACAACUCCUCGAGAACUGUAUGACUGGGCAGUUAAACAGUCAGAUAUACAUAUAACAAAAUUGAAUUUCUGCUUUAUUUCAAAUGAACAAUAUGCAAAAAUGACGGAUGAACUUGAAGAACUACACAUACACAUACAGUCACGUAAAAACAAUACCUGGUACACAAAAAUUUCAUUCAUUUGUGCCAAUUUCUGAAAAUCAAAUUGAAGCGAAGAAGUUUUCGAAUUCAAAAGAUAAUCCAAAAAAGUUUACUUUGUUUCAGAUAGACUAAAGAUCUAAUAUUCAAAAAACGUUACAAUAGAAUGUAUAAAAGAAGGAUGUAUAUAUUGUAGAAAAGAAAAUAAUUGAAUACACAUAUACAUAUGUACAUAUUUCAUCAAUACACAAGCGUUUUCAUUGAUAUAAAACCCUAAAAGCAAAUUUGUCUUGAGCCCUUUCCAAUAUCAAGCACGUUUUCAAUGUCAAGCACGUUAAGAUAUUAAAAAAGUAGUUGAGCCCAUUAAGUUUUAAUGAAUUGUCAUUAGGAUUCUG